GGUCCUUGGUUCUUGGUCCUUGGUUCUUGGUCCUUGGUCCUUGGUCCUUGGUCGACAUACCUCACUUGUUGGUCUCGUCCUCUUACACAUUCGACCUCGUAUCCUCGGAAGGCCUUUCCUUCAAAUCUUAGCUAUAAAGCCAUGUGACGGAGCUGCAUAAGAAGUCGGGUCAUUGUCAAGUUGGACUCUUAAAGUCUAGCUAGGUGCAGAGCUUGUGAGCUUGUGCAGGUGUCUCUCCUCGACAAAAACCAUACGGCAUACCAUCAUUGUCAAUACUUAACCUCGUAGUAUCGGCAUACCGAUAUCCUCAAUUCUUUUCCCCAUACCCCUUCCUCAUAUCGUCGACCUAUACCGAACUAUUUCGCCAUGCCAGCCCUCGCAAUUCCCGAUGCCGGCCUCCUCUUGGAGAGCUCGGCAACCUCGAACGAAUACCUCCCGUUGCAAGCCUUCGGCAUCACAUUGAAUGAUAGCGUGAUCGAGGACAUGAUAAAAUGUGUACAAGGGGGGCAAGAGGUUGAAUUGACCCUAGGAAGUAAUCCUAGCUUAAUCUUUGGUUCGGGGGAACAGAAAGUCAAAACAAAUCCGCAGUCAUACAACUACGACUUGUAUCUCACGAAACCAGAAGAAUCGGCAAGCAAAGCACAACGAUUACCAAAUCCCACCAUGUGUAUUCUCAGCAAGCCACCUGCCAGUAUCCUGGCGAACAGGUCCACCAACGCCAAAACCAAAGACACUAAACGAGUCACUAAACCCAAGCCUCUACCUGCUGGAAGGUCCGCUAUGGCGGGCGCAUUAUCGAACUCUUCCACCAGAUCACUACCGACGAGUCCCGCGCUCAACGGGGUUUCUUCGCCGAACCCAGCCUUUUCCGCCUCGCAGCAGCUACUCGAGAAGAACAAGAACCAAAGAAGUAUUCUUGUUCACGAACUAGCGUCGAGAGAUCGAACAUACGAAUAUCUCGCAGAGAUUUGGAAGGGCGCCGAAGCAGACCUUAAGCGAACUGUAGAGAAGAUCGCCAAUUUUGACUCCUCGACGAAGAAGUACAAUCUGCGACCGGUGUUCUGGAAAGAACUGGACGUAUGGAACUACGACUAUCGCAAUGAGGACGAUCGCCGCGCAGCAAUCGACAAUGCCAUUAGGCAAUACGACAAGUCACGCAUUCCAACAUCUGCAGUCGAGUGGGAGAAAUUGCUUACUCCUUCUGAGCGGGGCAAGGGUAUCGUUUUGAGUAAGCUGCAGGCAACUCUUGCGAAAGGAAACGUAACCCCAACCCCUCGGGUUGGCAUGAAGAAGACGGAUGAUGGCAAUAAGAGCGAUGUCGAUAACAAGGCAAAGGGCGAAGCUAUGGCUCGAUCCAAUUCGCAACCGCUAGGAAGCAAGACGAAGAAGGUCAGCGAACGCGAAGCGCAGACAAAGCGCUUAUUCUCAAGCAACCCUAAGAAACCCGCUCCGAAAAAGCCGGCCAGCAAGCCCAAGCCAGCCGAAGAAAAGGGCAGGAAAUUCCUUUCGGAUGAGAAAGUGAUCGACUCCGAAAGCAGUGGGGAUGAGAGGCCACUAUCGAGAGCUAGCUCGAACCAAUCAUCGUUGAAGCCUAUCGAAAGACCUAUCAAGAAACCUACCGAGAAACCUGUGGAGAAAUCUAUUGAAAAGCCCAUCGAGAAACCCGCCGAGAGGCCUGUUGAGAGGCGAAUCGAGAAGCCAGUGGAGAAACCGGUGGAGAGAGUGGUAGAGAAGCCCAAGGAGAAGCCUGCUCCACCGAAAGCGAAGCCCGUGGUUCGAGCACCCCGCGCUCCCGUGAAACCCUCCGGCUUGACCUCUCAGAAACGGCCACGUGAAGACGAUGAUAGCAGCUCGAGCUCAGGGGCGCCGCUUAGCAAGCGAAUCAAGCCGAGGGAGCCUCCUAAGCCGUUGUCCAACGUCACGAAUCUGAAGCACCGCCCGUCAGACGCAAGCCAGAGCUCAAGAAAUGCUCCCGUGGGUGUGACAUCUUCGAGUAUCUCGAUGAGAAGCAAGAAUACGUCGCCCACUAAGUCAUCGCCACUUGCUUCCUCGCCACCGACGAACGCCUCUGAUCUCGAAGACCAUCAGCCGCCUCCGCGCCAGCUCAAGCCCCCGGUCCGUAACGGGGAGCGUACUACGAACGGAGCGGUAAAUGGCAGUUCUACCGCCAUGAACCAGACCAAGAAGCGCAAGGAACGGGAUGCCGACCAGUAUUCCUCGCAGCAGUCUGCUCCGAACAAGAAGCCGCGCGUGCCGCCUGAUGUCUUGAUAAAGGCAAAGAAGUUUACGAGAUUUUACGAGCGAUACGAGGCGUUGCACUACGAGAUUGCGGCCCUAAAGGAGCCACCGGAGGAUAAACUGGCGGACCUGAUAGAUAUGCGAGAGCGACUUUCUGUCAUGAAGACGGAGAUCUCGCAAGCGGUGGCGUCAUACUAAUAACGCCUUUACGAGUCUUGUUCAGCGUGGACAUAUCGAUCGGGAGGGACGAGCCAAUCAGGAUUAUGCAAAGUCAAAUUAAGGACUUACUGGGCGUGGAGCAAAGAGAGAGCCAAAAUGGCAAAGCGAAUUUUCCAGGGAGACCGCCUUAUAUCGACUACGAUGAAUGGAAGCGUUUGGAGAGGUGGCGGUUAUUUGAUGUUUUUUCUUUCUUUUUUUCUUUACUAGUACUCAGGAUGGACAUUCCCAUUUUCAGCGAAGUUUGGCUCUUGCAUCUGGAUGACGUUUUGAUUUUCUCCUCUUUUUUCCUCUAAUAUCGGGUUCUGGCAUUUAUUGGCCCAGGGAACAGCAUAUGGAUUUUACUGGUUAUCGGCAUUCGGAACAUGGGGCAUAGGACAACCCAAAAACGGCGCGGAUAUUUGACACUUGACCCUUGACGCUUUGGUCGGGACGACAUGAUACUCCCGAGUAUAGGAAUUUGCAAUUUGAUGCAUUGAGUUACAUACAACAGCGCAUACAGACAGAGGGCAGAUACAACGAAUUUGUUGGCUAGUCAGCAGACGGGCAUACCUCUGUAAUGUAGUAUGAGAACCAUACGGAAUGAUUUUUCAUAAUUUUUAAAGACACUACUACAAUAAGUGGUAUUUUGAA